UUUUAUGAAUGUUAGUUUCCCCGGUUAACACCGUUGGUAUAUAUAUGAUUUGUGAGGGAGGAAAAUUGACUAGGGUUUCUUGUCUUCCAGCGUAGGUUCAAAGCUCAACAAUUCGUUUUCGUUUCUUCCUUCCAUUAAAAUCAAUCCAAUUCCAUGGGUUCUGCUUGCAAGGAUGAGAGGGAGGAGGUAAUUCAGGCAUGGUAUAUGGAUGAUAGCAAUGAAGACCAAAGGCUUCCCCAUCAUAGGGACCCAAAGGAAUUUGUGUCUCUAGAAAAACUUGCAGAACUUGGGAUACUUAGUUGGCGUUUGGAUGCUGAUAACUAUGAAACUGAUGAAGCAUUGAAGAAAAUCCGUGAAUCACGUGGAUACUCAUAUGUGGAUUUUUGUGACAUUCGGCCAGAAAAGCUUCCAAAUUAUGAAGAAAAGAUCAAAAGCUUUUUUGAAGAGCAUCUUCAUACUGAUGAGGAGAUCCGCUACUGUGUUGCUGGAAGUGGGUACUUUGAUGUGAGAGAUAAAAAUGAUGCUUGGAUUCGCGUUUGGGUUAAGAAAGGCGGCAUGAUUGUGUUGCCAGCUGGCAUUUAUCAUCGCUUCACACUUGAUUCAGAUAACUACAUCAAGGCGAUGCGGCUUUUUGUUGGUGACCCAAUUUGGACUCCAUUUAAUCGACCACAUGAUCACUUGCCUGCAAGGAAAGAGUAUCUUGAAACUUUUGUGGAGAAGGGGGACACUGUUGAUGCAGCUGCUUGA